AUGGUCAAGCUGUCAUUGUCUCCGCGCACCCCGCAGACCGUAGACGCGUUCCUUCAGUUCGUCAACAAGAGCCCGAGCCCGUUUCACGCUGUCUACGAGACCGUGCAGACGCUUACUGCAGCCGGCUUCAAGCAGCUGCGCGAGGAGGACUCGUGGAAGGAUGCCGUGCAGCCCAACGGUAAGUACUACGUGACGCGCAACCAAUCGGCCAUUGUGGCCUUCGCUGUCGGCGGCAAGUACCAGCGCGGCAAUGGUUUCCACGUCAUCGGCGCGCACACCGACAGCCCGUGCCUCAAGGUCAAGCCAGUAUCCAACAUCGAGUCGCAGGGCUGGCUUCAGGUGGGUGUCGAGACGUACGGCGGUGGUCUUUUCCACACGUGGUUCGACCGCGACUUGGGCCUCGCUGGCCGUGUCAUCGUGCGCGAGAGCGACUCGAGCUUCAAGUCUAAGCUGCUGUUGGUGAAUCGUCCCAUUAUGCGCAUCCCCACGCUUGCGAUCCACCUGGACCGUAAGGUAUCGGAGGGAUUCACCUUCAACAAGGAGACUCACCUCCGCCCCGUGAUCGCGUCGGCCGCUCGUGCUGAGCUGGAGGCCACGACCGAUGGCAAGGAUCAGCCGAAGUCUAAACACGCGUCCGUGCUGCUGCAGCUCAUCGCCAAGGAGCUGGACAUCAAGAUCGACCAGAUCUGCGAUUUCGAGCUGUGUUUGUUUGAUACCCAGGGAGCCAAUGUGGGCGGAGUGCUCGAGGAGUUUAUCUUCUCGCCCAGACUGGACAACUUGUGCUGCUCGUGGCUCGCCACGCAGUCGCUGAUUAAGUCGCUGGAUAACCUUGCGGACGACGAGAACGUCCGUGUAGCAGCACUGUUUGACAAUGAAGAGGUGGGAUCGCAGUCGCUUAUGGGUGCUGGAUCAAACUUCAUGCAGUCCGUGGCGGAGCGUGUGGCACAGGGCGAGCUGUGUGGCGCCGCGGCCAGGAAGUCGUUCAUGGUGUCGGCUGACAUGGCUCACGGUGUGCAUCCGAACUACAGUGACAGACACGAGCAGAACCACCGUCCUGCUCUGCAUGCUGGGCCUGUGAUUAAGCACAACGCCAACGAACGUUACGCCACUAGCGGCACUUCCUCAUUCUUGAUGAAAGAGCUAGCUCGGCGUCACAACGUCGACAUUCAGGAAUUUGUGGUGCGUCAGGACACUGGUUGUGGUUCGACUAUUGGCCCCAUUCUGUCGACCAACACGGGCAUCCGCACGAUCGAUGUGGGUCUUGCCCAACUGAGUAUGCACAGUAUCCGUGAAAUGUGUGGCACAGAGGACCUGGUCAAGACGCUGGACUGGUUUACAGCCUUCUACUCAGAGUUCUCGUCUCUCGACAAGUGCCUCAAGACCGACUAA